UGACAGUUCUCAACUCCGUAAAGCUGUCAAAACACAAUGCUACCAACCUAUGUCAACUUCCUUCUUUUACGGUCUUUUCGACGUACAACGUGCUGAUCAAUAGAAAGAUGCCUGCUGUGGCAAAGACUGCUCCGGCGUCGAAGGCGCCGGCCGAGAAGAAGGUCAAAGUGGCCAAAAAGGAGAAGAAAUUGCCGGCGGUGCCCGAAUCGAAACUGAAGGCAACCAAAGCGAAGACAAUCGCUCGACCGGGAAGUUUACGUCGUCGUCGUCAGCUGCACGCUGUCAAGUUGGUUCGUCGGCGCCAGAAUCUGCUGCGGGCGGCUAAAUAUGCCAAGAAAUAUUUGCGGAUGGACCGUGAGGUGGUGCAGAAGGCACGUGAAGCUAAGAAAGCCGGUAACAUUUACAUUCCGGCCGAGCCGAAGGUAGCCUUCGUGAUGCGUAUUCGAGGUAUCAACAAGGUAGCACCGAAGGUCAGAAAAGUGUUGCAGUUGUUCCGUUUGCGUCAGAUAAACAAUGCUACCUUCGUUAAGCUGAACAAAGCUACCAAGAAUAUGUUGCGCAUUGCGGAACCAUACAUUACCUACGGAUAUCCAACGCUGAAGUCGAUUCGGAAUCUAAUCUACAAGCGUGGAUUUGUUAAGCACCGACACAGCCGCAUUCCAAUCACUGACAACUUUGUGAUUGAACGCAAACUGCGCGCCGGUUAUAAACUGCAAUGCGUCGAAGAUCUAGUGUAUCAGAUUUACACCGCUGGGGCCCUGUUCCGCAAGGUCAACAACUUCCUGUGGCCGUUCAAGCUUAACACCCCAACCGGUGGCUGGCGCAAGAAGAAUAACCACUACGUCGAGGGCGGAGACUUUGGCAAUCGUGAGGAUAAGAUCAAUGAACUUAUCAGCCGUAUGGUUUAAGUAAGACGUUCAAAGUAAUCGAGGUUGCGAGAGAGCGUGAUAAGCAAAUAAAAAUCUAUAAACAUAA